CGGUCGAGCGGCGGUCACACUGGAUCCGCAUUAGUUUUUUUUUCGGGUCCAAAAUCUGUCCAAAUCCGCAAUUUGCAUGCAUAUUCCCGUAUCUAAAGACUUUAUAAUUAGAUAGAUCGAGUGAGAAAUAAGCCGUAAAAAGGAAAAGUUCGCAAUUCUCCGAGGAGCAAAGGCCCCAAAACGAGAGCGUGCUGUCCACUUUUGAUGCCUGAAAAGUAUUAUGGAAAGAGGAUGCCCAGCUGCUAGCAGUGAAUUCGUGGCCAGUGCAGGGGAGCGUACUCAGUCAGCAGUCACAAGCUCCACCUCCACGUGGGUCAAGAGUCAGGCCUCGACCAGCCGGAAAGCAGGAUCAACAGUAGCGGAGUCACCAGAAGCGGGAUCACCAGGAGCCGGCGGAGAAGCCUUUGUAUCUAUGUCAACGCUGCGGGAGGAUGUGGAGGACGUGUGUGUGUCGUCAAACUCACAGCAUGGCUUUGCCGUAGUUUUGGACGACGAGUCCAGCACCUUUGAGAUUAGCUCUUCCAACUCACUGCCCACCAGUGCGGGGGCGGCGUCCACCAUGGGCGUGGUGGCUGCCGAAGACAGCUCCUCCACGGACACCUUGAACGGUGGUCAUCCAUUGGGCCAUCCUGCCUCCUCGGAACACAGUCGUCAGGGUUUCUUUAACGAGGAUAAUGAGGAUCCUCCGGUCGUCUGCCUGAUAAACGACGAUGACGACGAGGACGACCCCGAGCCGGAGGACGAGGAUGAAGAGGAGUUGAUCGAGGACGAUGACGAGGACGUGGUAAAUAUUGGAGUAGCCGCCAUUGACUGCCUCAACACAUCACAAUUAGCUUUGGCCGACGGCACCAUCAUGGCGGCCGAUGGAUCCAAGAUCUUCCUGGAGACGCCCGUCGUGGAGGAGGCCCAGCCGCAUCCCGGCCAGGUGAUCAUAACCGGAUCCCAGUCGGAGCUCACAGGCAAGCCUAAAAGAUUAAGCGAUGAGUUUUUGCUGGGCGAUGAGGAACAGGCGGAGAACCUGGCUUUGGUAAGAGGUAUCAAGUCUGAGCCUGGCACCGCCGUGGACGACCAUCCAUUUGAGGGCGACGAUGCGGCCACUUGUUCCUCCCUGCACGACCGCCUCAUGUCCGUGCGCCUGAAGCAGAUGAGCCUCACGGCCAAUGCGGCCGUUUCGAAUCCCUCGCCGGCGGCUUCUGCCAACGCCGCCGCCCCCGAGGAGGCCUCCACAUCCAACUCCAGCUCAAACUCCAGCUCCUCCUUGACCAAGGCAGACAUCGAGUCCAUGGAUCUGAUCGAGCGGCGCGACUUCGAGACGGAGCAGCGGCUGACGGGCGACAUCAUCCUGCGCACCAGCUCCAUGAUGAGCCAGAACAAACUGAAUCUAAGUCUGAUCAAGUCCAUGGCCGGAGGCAGCAGGGUGUCCAAUGGAUCGGGCACGGCCAACAGCGACGAUUGGCCCAGUAGCAGCAGCAAUGGCCGCACCGUCUCCUCGGACAGCAAGUACACCUACAAGGAUCUGUCGACGACUCCCACGAGCAGUCGCAAGUACACCAACAGCCGGCUAAGCAAGUCCACUGCCAAACUGAAUCUGGGCUCCACGCUGGGCGCCUCCAGCUGCAGCCAGCACAGGAGCAGCUCCAGUUCCACAUCCAAAUCCACAGAGUCGUCGACCAGCUGCACCGGAGCAGCCCGCACGGAUGUGUACACCAACACCAACUCGAAUGAUUACCCAGGACUGGCUCCGACCACCUCCGGAUCCGGAUCGUCCACAUCCAGCGGUAGCUGCCAGCAGGAGCCGGAUGAGAACGUGACAGCAUCCGUAUCUUACAGCUCGGUGGGAUCGCAGACCUCUCAGGAAGGUGGUUGCAGUCGCACCACCGCCCUUAAUCCCACGGCGGCCUGUUCCGCCGGAGCCGCUUGCUUGGGUGACUCUCAGGCCUCGACAUCGGCUUCCACCUCCACCUCCUCCGCCAGCGUCGGCGCUGGAGCGUCCAACUCCAAUCGUUGUCAGUAUGCCACUGCAUCGACGGCGAAGACAACGCGCCAGGUGAACGCCAGCGCCCAGACUCAAGAGCGUUUCCUGGCCCGCAGCAAUCCUCCAGCUGCCAGCGGAGCGGGAGCAGCUCAGCCGGCGGCAUCAGUGCGGCAGCGUCGCAACGGUUCCAGCGAUGUGGCCCACCUCGAGGUGGUGGUGGAGGAGGGAGCUGCCGGCGGAGACGGCGGCGGCCUUGUCGAGCCCGGCGACUUUAGCGCCGAGGAGCCGUGGGCCAAUUGCGAUGAGGAGAACAAUUGCUCCGAUCUGGAGGAGAUUUGCACGUGCCAGAAUGGCAACGCCAGCAGCUACGGCGGCAGCAAUGCCAGUCUUAGCGAAACCUUCGACCUGGACGUCAUGGACCCCAUGGAUGAGCCCAUCUCCCUGUCACUUUCCACUGCCGCAUCCGCCACCGGCUUUGCCGACUGCUCGCUGACCAAUCCCAGCUCGCUCAUUUCGCAGCAGCGCAAGCGGAAGUACAACGAGGGCCGUCUGCUCGAUGGCGGUGACUACUCGCUGACCAUCUCGUCCAGCGGCGGAGUGGGCGGACCGGGCUCGGGCGUGAGCGACAAUUGCCGCAAGCGGAUUGCCUACGACUUUGCCUCCACGCCGCGCUCCUCGCAACACUCGGGCGUUCCCACGGCAGUGCUGUCGCUGACGCCCUCGUCGCACCUGGCCAACGCCUCGCCGGGAUCGGGCUUGGGCCGUCGCACGCCUCGUUCCGUUCCGACCCGUGACAAUCCGCCGCCAGAGCUGCAGCACUGGUUGGCCCAGUUUCAGCGCUGGUCCCACGUUGAGCGAUUGCUGGCCGUGGACCGCCUGAUCGAUCACUGCGAUCCCUCGCAGGUGCGCCACAUGAUGAAGGUGAUUGAGCCGCAGUUCCAGCGUGACUUCAUCUCCCUGCUGCCACGGGAACUGGCCCUCUUUGUGCUAUCCUAUUUGGAGCCCAAGGACUUGCUGAGGGCCGCCCAGACCUGCCGCAGCUGGCGCUUCCUGUGCGACGACAACUUGUUGUGGAAGGAGAAGUGCCGCAAGGCCCAGAUCCUCGCCGAGCCACGAAGCGAUCGUCCGAAGCGAGGACGUGAUGGCAACAUGCCGCCCAUUGCGUCGCCUUGGAAGGCCGCCUACAUGCGCCAGCACAUCAUCGAGAUGAACUGGCGGUCGCGACCGGUGCGCAAGCCCAAGGUUCUCAAGGGCCACGACGAUCAUGUGAUCACAUGCCUGCAGUUCUCCGGCAAUCGCAUCGUGUCCGGCUCCGAUGACAAUACGCUCAAAGUGUGGUCAGCGGUGAAUGGAAAGUGUCUGCGCACCUUGGUGGGUCACACCGGUGGCGUUUGGUCUUCCCAAAUGUCCGGCAACAUCAUCAUCUCGGGCAGCACGGAUCGCACUCUCAAAGUCUGGGACAUGGACAGUGGUGCUUGUGUGCACACGCUUCAGGGGCACACGUCCACUGUGCGGUGCAUGCAUCUUCAUGGCAGCAAGGUGGUCAGUGGCUCGCGAGAUGCAACUUUGCGGGUCUGGGACAUCGAACAGGGCUCCUGUUUGCACGUCCUGGUUGGCCAUUUGGCCGCAGUGCGCUGUGUCCAGUACGAUGGCAAGCUGAUUGUGUCCGGAGCAUAUGAUUACAUGGUCAAGAUCUGGCAUCCGGAGCGGCAGGAGUGCCUACACACGCUGCAGGGGCACACGAACCGCGUCUAUUCGUUGCAGUUUGAUGGCCUACACGUGGUCUCCGGCUCACUGGACACUUCCAUUCGCGUGUGGGACGUGGAGACGGGCAAUUGCAAGCACACCCUGAUGGGUCAUCAAAGUUUGACCUCCGGCAUGGAACUGCGUCAGAACAUUCUCGUCUCGGGCAACGCCGAUUCCACAGUCAAGGUGUGGGACAUCACAACCGGACAAUGUCUGCAAACGCUGUCGGGUCCAAAUAAGCAUCAGUCUGCGGUCACCUGCCUGCAGUUUAAUUCCCGAUUUGUGGUGACCAGUUCCGACGAUGGCACUGUCAAGUUGUGGGACGUUAAGACGGGCGACUUUAUACGUAACCUUGUGGCCCUGGACUCUGGUGGAUCCGGCGGAGUUGUGUGGCGGAUUAGGGCAAACGACACCAAACUCAUUUGUGCCGUUGGCUCACGCAACGGAACGGAGGAAACCAAGCUCAUGGUCCUGGACUUUGACGUGGAGGGGGCAUGUGUCAAGUGCUCAUAGGAGCCGGUGGGGCACUUCAGAUCCGGGCUUCGCUUGCGCGUUUGGAUCCAGGCAGAGAAGGGCCAAGGUCGGGGCAGCUAGUAUACAGCUUCAAGCGAGAUUUCAUUGCAAACUCAUCUAAACACACAAAAACACACACACAGACAGAUACCGCGGAUGUGAAAGUCCGCAACGUAAUGUUGAUUGCCUUGCCAACAAAAUGCAGCUGCUCACAUACACCACACUCACCAUACACACCAUAUACACACACUAAACACUAAACACUGAACACACAAAACAAUUAAGGAGGAAAGUGCAAAAAGGAGAGGAAGGGUAGAAGGGUGGUUGGGGUGUGGCUGUGGCUGUGAGUGUGUAUUGUUAAUAAUACCCUUCUUUAAAUUACGUUGCUUCAUAGCCAAAAUUCGUUUUCCACCGUAGAAUAAUUUCGCUUCUUAGUUUUUAUUACGAUUAUCCAUUUGGCGAGAGUCGAUUGAAUUAAUGAUAACAUUAUGAUUACGUAUUAUAUAAACAGCAGAUUAUAUACAGUUGCAGAUGCAAAUACCUUGUUCCGCGUCGUGUGAAUCCGAGAGAACGUUUAUGAAAACAGAGCUUUAUAUUGAUUAAAUUGUAAUUUGUUUAACUGGAAUUCAGAUAAGAUGGAUUAUGUUAAUAUUGGCCCAGCGCUUGAGUUGAGUUUGCCUUCUAUUAUGUUUACAUUUGUGGUUUCGUUUCGUCCAAUUUGUUUUGUUUAAAUGUACUUGGAGUUACCUACAUUCUAUUGUCCUGUUCUUAUCAAUUGUUUGUCCCUUUAAAUUUGAUUUGACAUUAUUGUCGUAUAGUAGCGAGUAGCAUUAGCUAGAUUGGCUUCCAAUUCCAAAUUCGAAAUUCGAAAUUCCUCAUUUGCCAGGAACCUGCCACAAUUGCCGUACAUAGCGUUUAAGAGUCAUCUGCGAACUCAUCGAGCAGCAGCUACCCCCACAAGAAACAACAAACAAAUAAAAAACAACUGCAACAACAACACUGCAACACAACAACACUCACACACACGUGAAAUCAUUAAGCGAACAUAUAUUUUAAUUAUAGACUGAUUUAUUAGUAAUUGAAAUUAAUCUACAAAUAUGUAUGUGUAAUGGUACCGUAUGUAUUUCAAUAAAAUUUAUCGGUUUAAGCAUAAAUCUGAAUAAACGCAGGAAUAAUAAUAAAAAUAGUUAAAACCAUCCA